AUGUUUUCGCUAGUUUAUCAAUAUUUAUUUGAAAAACGACCAGAAAAUAUCAAAAAGUUCGAGGAUGAAAAGAGAAGAAAAUUUGACGAAUUGAUUGAUGAAUUAAUGCGAAAAGACGAUGAAAAUAGUGACAUUACAGGAUCUGAACAACAUCCAGAUGAUUCUGAAAUAAAUAUCGCCGAAUUAAGCUGGAAGUGCACAAAAAAUGAAGGCAUUGUAACAUCUUUAAACGACAAAUUUGGAGUAAUUAAUGAAAAACAUGAAUUUCCAAAGAUAAAAGCUCUAGAUUUCUGGUCAAUCAUAAAAGUUGGAAGUAAAGUUUCGUACUUGCUGUUUGAGAAUACUGUAGCUUCCAUGAAACUUAUUGAUGCUGGUUGGGAAGAAGAUUAUAACAAGAACAACGUCAUUCCAAAAAAUACAUUUAAAGAGGGAUAUAAAACGGAAUUGCGAACUGUUUUGGGAACGAUUGACGAAAUUAAUGACAAUAUAAUCACUGUUGACAUUGGAAAUACCAAGGAAUAUGUUCCAAUCGACGAAACAUCAGAAUGGAUAUUCGCAGAAGGUGAUAAUGUUCGUUUAGACUGUAUAAUAACUGAAGAUGAGACAACUUGGAAUCCAUCAAUUGGAACUUUUGGAAAUAUCGUUGAAAUAAAGAAAAUUACUCCAAAUAGCAUCAAUAAUGAUAUUGGACGAGUUACAGCCACAGCAGGCGAUUAUGCAAUAUUUGAUGAAUCAAUCAUCCUUAACUAUUCUCAUUUUAAUAAACAAAAGAUCGUUGAUUUAUGGGAUGAAUUUGAAUAUCUGGCUAUUGAGACAUCAAUAUUUCGUGAUGGAAGAAACUUUAAUUGGCGUAUAACAAAGUUAAUUAAGAAAAUUGAAGAUAAUAGUGACAGACAAAUUGACAGCACAAAAAAGAUCCAAAUGAAUGAUGAAUUUUUCGAAUUAAGACAAAAUUCGCGUGUAAUCACUAAAUUCACGACUAUAUUCAACAAUUCAGACCAAAAAAUUACGAUCUUUAAAUGUGAAAUAACAGCAAAUAGUGGAUUGAUUGAGCUCCAAAAACCAGACAAAAAGUUUGAAUUGAAACCUUGCAAUGGUGCUUACAAAGUUUUUAUGAACAUUUGUCCAAAACAGUACGGAAUAUUUGCAGAAGAACUGAAUGUGGAUUUUGGAACUUUCAAGAAGAAAUCCUUAAUAAAGUUUCAAAUCAGCAGAUCAAUGUCAGUAAAUAGAAAUCGAUUUGGUCGUUUCAAUACAGGAAAUGAAAUAAUUCCAGGACAAAAAAUCAAAAGUGCACCGAGAUUCAUUGAAAUAAGAAUUCCUGAAUAUCCCGUUCCUGACCAAUUCCGACAUAACUUUGAUUUUAAGAAGCAAACUCAAUUACUCGUACAUGAUUUCACACUUCAUGACCACAGAUUUUUGAUUGAGGAGCUUAUCGAACAAAAUUAUUAUGCUAAAAUGCGUUACUGUUUAUAUUUAGAGGAAAUAGCAAUGGAAAUUUAUUUUGAACGUUAUAGAAUUGAUCGUGCACAUUUCGAUAAUAAGGAAGAGUUUCUUCGACUUGAAGUUGAAGGAAUAAAUGAGAAACGUCCAUCAAUUGCAAUGGGCGAUAAAAUUCUCGCAAGUGAUCCAUUUUCUGCAAAAACCAACAACACUUAUGAAGGAUUUAUCCAUAAAGUUGAACAAAAUGCUGUGCUUUCCAAGUUUCAUUCAGAAUUUCAUCAUUCCCACGGUCGUAGAGAUUUUCGUAUUGAUUUUCACUUUUCACGUACAUCCUUUAAGCGACAGCAAUUUGCAUUAGAUCAAGUUUUGUCAUCAAACGGCUUGGGACUAAAUUUCUUAUUUCCACGACUUGUGAAUAUUAAAAAGAAUCCACAACUUGAUGUCAAGCUAUCAGAAAAUGGAAACAUUUUGUUGAAUCAAAACGAAUCAGAAUUUUUCAACAAGUCACUAAACGUUUAUCAAAAGACUGCUUUAAUUAAUGUUUUACGUGGUGAAUCACGUCCACUUCCUUACAUCAUUUAUGGACCUCCAGGCACAGGAAAGACUCGAACAGUUGUCGAAUGUAUUAAGCAGAUAUCAAGUAAGAUCUCAUGGAGUCGAAUAAUAAUUGCAACGCCAUCAAACUCUGCUGCAAAUUUGAUUGUUGAGAAUCUUGUUGAGUCAGGAAUUUUUAAAGGAGGUGAUUUCAUACGUUUUGUAAGCUACAACCAAAUUGAUCGAGAUGCAAUUCCUAAUAAUUUGAAGAAAUAUUGUGCAACGAUUGACAUUGGAUAUGACAAGGGAGACGCUAGCAAUUUUAUGACCAAUGAGUCAGGAAUGAUGAUGAAUGCAUCAAAAUCUAUAAUAGUCAAGUACAGAAUUUAUAUAUCGACUUUAAGCACUUUGGGACCAUUGAUGCAUAUAAAAUUCUUACGUGAUCAUUUCACACAUGUUAUUAUUGAUGAGGCUGGUCAAUCAGUUGAACCUGAAACUCUUAUUCCGAUAUCAUUUUUAUGUCAAAAUAAGGGUCAAGUAAUUUUGGCAGGAGAUCCACAACAAUUGGGACCUGUUUUAAUUAGUCAAGUUUCAAAGUUUUGUGGAUUUGAAAAGUCAUUUUUAGAACGACUGUCUGAACACAAAUAUUACUUGCCAAUUUAUGGAGAAAAAAAGGAUCAAUUUGACGAAAAGUUUGUGACUAAAUUAAAAAAGAAUUAUCGCUCACUUCCAUCAAUUUUGAAUGUUUAUAGUCAUUUGUUCUAUAACAAUGACUUGGAAGCGGAAGUAAAUGAUGAAAAAUCUCCAGAAAUGAAUAUUUUGAAGUCAAUCGAUUCACUUUUGUGGAACAGGAACACAGCAAAUAAAAAGUGCGGAGCAUUCUUUGUCAAUGUCUCUGGUAGAAAUUUGAAAACAUCUGAUUCAAGCAGCUGGUUUAAUAAUGAGGAAGCAUCAAGAAUCUUUUAUUUUAUCUGCAAACUGAAAAACCUUGGAAUAUCGUUGAAAAAUGUUGGAAUCAUAACUCCAUAUGCAUUGCAAGUUAAAAAUUUGAAGAAAAUCAUCAAUGAAAGUAUGCCUGACAGUGAAAUAAAAAUUGGAAGUGUUGAAGAAUUUCAAGGACAGGAACGUGACAUUAUAUUGAUUUCGACAGUUCGUACAAAUAAAGGCUUAAUUGCCACUGAUCAGAGAUUUGGAUUGGGAUUUUUGCAAUGUUCAAAGCGGAUGAAUGUCGCUAUUUCAAGAGCUCGAGCAGUCUUGAUCGUAUUCGGAAAGGAAUCUCUCCUCGCGCAGGAUGAAAAUUGGCGAUAUUAUAUCCAGUACACCAAAGAAAAUGGAACAUAUGUGACUGAAAAAGUAGCAAAUAGUGAUAACAAUUAA